CUCAUGAGGAAAUAUUCGCUCGUGCACUACAACUUUAGGUCCAGAUGGCACAAUACCUCGCUAUGGCUUCGGCAUGCGAGAAAGAGCCGAUAGCGAGGAGACAAAUGAACAUAAAUGGACGGAUAUUUUUCCUGUCUUUUGGUAUUUGCGAAGAUAGCAGCAACGCAUUACAGACACAGGAGAGACGCGAGUUCUGAAAGCGCCCGAAAACAGCUUGGAUUAGACCGAACAUCUGAUAGUCUCUGCCCUUUGCUUUUGAUUUUACUACAGCAACGAGAUGACCGUGAUCAAGAACGUGGCGCUCAUAGGUGCAUCGGGUAACCUUGGCCCGUCUAUUCUCAACGCAUUCCUUAAAAAUGGGAGCUUCAACAUCAGCGUCUUAUCUCGCCAAUCUUCAUCGGCAACUUUCCCGUCCUCGGUGAAGGUCUUCAAAAUAGACUUCAGCUACGAUUCACUUGUGUCAGCGUUCAAGGGACAGGAUGCUGUCGUUUCAAUAGCUGGUGGCGGUCAGCUAUCCGACCAGCAGAAGUACAUCGACGCUGCUAUCGAAGCUGGAGUAAAGCGCUUCAUUCCUUCCGAGUUUGGCAACGACACUACGAAUCCAAAAACAACAGAGCUGGUGCCGCUUUUCAAGCCCAAGGCAGCGACCACGGAAUAUCUUGCCUCAAAGGAGAGCGAAACAUUCAGCUGGACUGCCAUAGCUACCGGUCCCUUUUUUGACUGGGGUAUGAAGGUGGGAUUCUUGGGCUUCGACUUGAAGAAGCACACCGCAACGAUCUGGGACGACGGCAGCGCUUCGUUCUCGACCACGAACCUUGCCACCAUCGGCGACGCCGUCGUUCGCUCCCUUCUCCCGGAACAUGUUGAGCAGACAAAGAACAGCCACGUCUACGUGCAUUCCCACAAUACCACGCAGGGCCAGAUCCUGGCCACCCUCGAGAAGAUCACGGACGAGAAGUGGCCGGUGCAGAGGAACGACUCGGCUCCUCUGCUCCAGGAACUGACCGCCAAACUCAAAGCUGGGAAUUUCGGGCCCGAAGUCAUCUACCCUCUCAUUCAGACGGUUACUUUCGGCUCUGGACUGGGCAACCUCGGGGAUCACAGUACCAAGUCGUGGAAUGAAAAGCUUGGUCUUCCAAAAGAGGAUCUGGAGGCAAAUCUGAGGGAGCUAUUGGCAGCAUAACAAAAGAGAGAAAAAAGGCCCAGAAAUAACAAGUGACGUCAACUUAAAAGCUGCCAUGUUUUAGACGUUUCUAGAGUCAUCAAACUAUCGUUUGAGCAUUUAACA